AAAAGUAAGUGUUACAAAUUUCUGCUCUUCUGGCUAAGCAUCCUAGUUUGGGCCCCAUGACCAUGUUUGUCUAUAAAAAUUUGAGAAAUUGCUUCCUUCAGUUGCAUCUCUAACACGAAAUGGGUAACGAUAUUAGUGGUCGUCACUGCGCAGUCUCUCUUCUGCUCCUCAUCAUCACUCUAACCUCCUUGUUCCUUCUUCCCUGUGUCAAGGCUGAUGAUGAGGAGACGGAGUUCGACUAUAUAGAAGGGAGCCCCAGGGGGCCAGAAAACUGGUGGAGGCUUGAACCCAAUGGGCUUUGGGAGAUCUGCGGUAAUGGGCAAAGGCAAUCUCCUAUUGACCUCAACCGCCCGCCUCAUCCUGGCAGCGUACGUCCACUGGAUCUAACCCACCGUCCAGCCCACGCCAUUCUCAGAAACAGAGGCCAUGAUAUUGCGGUACAGUGGACAAAUCAGGAUGCUGGUGGCUUCUACGUUGGGGGCAUUUUCUAUACCUUGGUACAGUGUCACUGGCACUCCCAUUCCGAGCACCACAUUAAUGGCAAUCGCUAUGACUUAGAGCUGCACUUGGUCCACGUGAGUGAAGAAGGGAAGGUAGCGGUGAUUGGAAUUCUCUACCAAAUUGGCCACCGUCCUGACUACUUUCUUAGCAAGAUAAUGGAUGGAAUCAAACACCUUUUGAAAAAUGUAGAAGAGAAAUGGGUGGACGUGGGAGUCGUUAACCCUCGGGAUGUGGAGAUUGGACACGGGGACUACUACAGGUACAAUGGUUCCCUUACCACCCCUGCCUGCGACGAAGGUGUAAUCUGGACGGUUAUGGAAGAGGUCAAGACCGUGACUCGGAGUCAAGUGGAUGCCUUAAGAAAUGCCCUCCAUAAGCCAUAUCCGUUCAAUGCAAGGCCAAUCCAGGGCACAUAUGGCAGACCCAUUUGGCUUUACAGGCAGCACGACCAUCACCUUCAGAUGAUUCAGGAUGCUGCAGCGCUCCCUCUUCCCACUUCAAUUUAGCAGUCACUGGAUCGAUCUACUUGUCCACUUUAUGCAUCUUAAAUAAUGUGAUCUAUGACUAUCGAACAAAAUGCAUCGUGCUUUCUCUCUCUGCCUAAUUAUGAAGCCAAGCAUUUUGUAUGUA